AUGGGAAACUGCUUGUUGGGGGGCAUGUCAGAUCCUGAAACAGUGAUCAAAGUGAUAACAUCAAAUGGUGGCAUCAUGGAAUUCUAUGCUCCAAUUACUGUGAAUUGCAUCACUAGUGAAUUCCCUGGGCAUGGCAUAUUCCCAAGCCAUGACCUAUUUUGGAAACCACUAAGCCAAUUUGAUGAGUUGGUGGCAGGGCAAUCAUACUAUUUACUGCCACUAAACAACCAAGGUGAACACCCUUUUGCCUCCGGUGGCAGCGGCAGCAACCACGCUGUGGUUGCCGCCCGGCAAGGCCAUAUUCGUUCUCAUAGUGUUCCUACAACCCCUCAUCCUGCACCAUAUAGAAUGUCCUUGGACUACCAACACCACCAAGGAGUGGGAUUGCUGAAGAAAACAUCAACAGAACCUUUCUCUUGUAGGACUAGUAUUAGUAAUAGCAAAGCUAUUACUAGUACUAGUAGCAGGUUCUGGAAAGUCAAAUUGGUGAUAACUCCUAAACAUUUGAUGGAUAUUUUGUCACAAGAGGCUCUCACUAAGGAGUUGGUAGAGAGUGUUAGAAUUGUAGCCAAAUGUGGGGUUGCUAAAGGUGGCAUUUCACCUUCAUCUGCUGCAGUAAGCAUACUGUCUGAUCAAUGGAGCCUUUCCAGCAGUGGUAGGAGUGCUUGUGAUUCCUCUAAGAUUGAUGCUUUAGUGGUAGACAUUUAG